AUGGAGCUGCAGGCAGCAGUUAUGGGAGCACGCUUAGCCCAAAAGGUGCUGAGCACACGCAACCUCCGAAUUGACAACGCCACAUACUGGUCGGACUCGAAGACAGUGCUGCAGUGGCUAACAAUGGACCCCCGCAACUUUCAUCAGUUUGUGAUGCACAGAGUCGCCGAAAUUCUGGAAACAACACUGGUCGAGCAAUGGCGGUGGAUUCCUUCAAAGCUGAACGUAGCAGAUGGAGCUACCAAGGUCACCGGGCAAACCCAACAAGAGACGUGGAUAACGGGCCCGGAGUUCCUGAAGACCGAUGCGAGCAACUGGCCAAUAUCCAAGAAGCAGGAGAGCAUCAUCGAUACCUCGGAGAUCCGGAAACAUGUGAUGACGACGCAUACGAAAUCAGUGGUUAUGUUUAACGCGCACGAUUUCUCAAAUUGGCGGCGGUUAUACAGAGCAGUGGAGCUAGUAAUCCUGUUCAUCGAUCGGCUGCGGGCGAAAUGUGCCGGACAAGAUAUGCCAAAAACCACGACAACGGCUCAUGUUAGUAAGGCAAAGAUGCUGCUAUAUAAACAAUCUCAAGCCAUCGCCUUCGCCGCAGAAAUGAAAACGUUAUCCGCGGGACCGGCGCUCCUCAAGGGAAGCAGAUUGGCCGGAUUGAACGCGUACCUGGGCAACGAUGGAGUACUACGAACUAGAGGCAGAUUGAACGCGGUUGACAUAGCUGAGGACGCCAUCAUACUAGCUCCAGAAUGCCGAAUAACCAACCUCAUAGUUAGAAGCUUCCACGAAAAGUACCACCACCUCGCUCAUGAGACUGUAAUAAACGACAUCAAAAAUUCGUUUUAUAUCAGCCGGCUACGAGUACUGCACAAAUCUGUGCGAAACACAUGCCAACGAUGCAAGAUCGACAGAGCGGUCCCCAGACCACCCCAGAUGGCACCGAUCCCGAGGGCAAGAGUUGGAAGCUUCGAGAGGCCGUUCACCUAUACAGGCGUCGACUAUUUUGGCCCGUUGUUGGUGAACGUCGGCCGGCGCAAAGAGAAGAGAUGGGUAGCUCUGUUCACCUGUCUUACGUUGCGCGCGGUGCAUUUUGAGAUCGCCUACAGUCUAGAUACUAGUUCAUGUAUCAUGUGCCUAGCCAAUUUUAUGGCCCUUCGAGGGACACCGAGGGAAAUAUUCUCAGACAACGGUACGAAUUUCAGAGCCACGGAAAAAGCCGUGCGCGAGGAGCUGAAAAAGAUCGAGCACGAUAAGAUCACUAUUAAGUUCGACGGCAUAAAGUGGCGAUUCAACCCACCAGGAGCACCGCACAUGGGUGGAGCAUGGGAGAGACUCGUCAGGACAACGAAAGGAAUCUUGAAGAACAUUUGCCCAAGUUACUCUUUCAACGACGAGGGGUUGAGAAACGCACUGAUGGAGGCGCAAUUUAUCAUCAACUCGCGACCUCUCACGUUUGUAAGUUUGGAUUCAGAGGAUGACGCCGCCCUAACUCCAAACCACCUGCUGCUAGGAUCAGCGAACGGAUACAAGCCGCUGCCGAAAGAGGGAAUGAAUCUGAAGCGUAGAUGGAACGAGACUCAGCGCUUCGGGGACCGCUUUUGGCAACGAUGGGUUAAGGAGUAUGCACCCGUAUUAACCAGGCGCACCAAAUGGUUUGAGAAGGUGCCUCCAAUCACCAUCGGGAGCAUCGUCGUAGUCGUGGAUGAGCUUCUUCCCAGGAACCUGUGGCUAAAAGGACGCGUGACUGACGCAGUGAUGGCCAACGAUGGACAAGUUCGGCGGGUGACAAUCAAGACGCAGCAUGGCGCUAUAGAAAGACCAGCAACAAUGGUAGCAGUUCUGGACGUCGGCUUGGAGAAUGGUAACUGA